AUGUCGAAGAUCUCCGCUGCUGCCUUGUUGCAGCUGGCAGACCAGUUUGACCGGCAGAAAAAGUUUCGGCGCAGGAGGAUCGACAAAGCGCUGGGGAGGAUUCCGAAGGGUCAAGAGUCGCCUUUUGGCGACUUCCCUGAGGAUUAUGCCAGGCCGCUGCCCACGACGCCCCUCUCCGCGCGUGCGCCGUCGUCCCUGGCACGAACGGUGCCGGUGCCGGACCUAAGUUCCUCGAUGCAAGCGGCAGAAGCGCGUGGGAGGUCCCUCCGAUCAAUGGCCGUAGCGCCCAAGUCGGCGAGAGGUCCCAACAGGAUGGCUGUGACACUUCAAGCUCUGAGAGAUGAGGUGCAGAAACAGGCUGAAGCCUUGAGCCCUCGUAGCCCGCGCUCGAGCCCGCGCUCUCCGGCCCUGUCGGCACGCGCUGGAAGCCCUCAAAAGCUGCAGAUGGCGCCGUCGCCGCCGAAAGCCGGCGCCUUCAGGCGCCGCGCCAUCAAGCCUUCGGAGUUUCGGCGCUUCUACGAUCGUGGCGAUCUGCCGAUCCAGGUGCAGCACACUGGCACGCAGAACAAGAUCGCGUGGAAGGUGGACAUCGAAAAGUUGGACUAUCACCACUAUCUGCCCAUCUUCUUCGAUGGGCUGAGAGAAAAGGAGGACCCUUAUCGCUUCCUUGCCGUCGAGGGCGUCUUCAACCUUCUGGAUCGAGGUAACAGCAAGAUCUUGCCGGUGGUACCGCAGCUCAUCAUGCCGAUCAAGACGGCCUUGAACACGCGAGACGCCGAGGUCAUCAACACGACGCUGAAAGUCUUGCAGGCGCUGGUGCUGUCCGGCGAGAUGAUCGGUGAGGCCCUCGUACCGUACUACCGACAGAUCCUUCCUAUCUUCAGCAUCUUCAAGCAGUGCUGUCCAAGCACCUUCGAUCAGAUCGACUAUGCGCAGCGAAAGCGUGUCUUGGCCGAAAGGUGGAAGGUGUCUUUGAUCAACACAGACCGACCUGGUCGCCUGGUUGCGCAUUGCGCACCAGCAGGGGUGCACGCAGCGCCUACCGCGGCCAUGCCGUUGGGUGCUGUGAACAGGGUCGAAGAUCGAGCAUCGACUCGAGGUCCAGCCCCGGGUUGGUCCAUGGGGAGGUUUGGCGAUGGCGUGAGUUCCCCCAAGGAUCAUCCGCCUGCCUUGACUCAGGCGCGACCCGGGCGAAGACCCCUGCCCUUGGACGGCGGCAAGUCUCCCUUCGGAGGGGAACUGCCUGAGUUGCGCAGAGAUAUGUCUUUGAGGCUGCCAACGUUGCUCCUCUCAUGUAGGAGUGCCCAGGUCGAGGAGGACAAGUCGCCUGCCACCCCCCCGCGGCGGGUGGGCUUCGCCUCGAACGGAGGAACCCCCUUUGGCACUCCCUCAGCGCUAGAGAAGUCCAAGAUCCGAAAGGACAAGAAAGAAAAAGAGGGGAUAGUGCGAUCCAAGUCUCAGUUUGGGCGAAGCGUCCUUUUCCUCGACGACGAGAGCAAUCUACCGCGUGCGCGACGAUCGAUUCGCAGGCAAAAGACUUGGACCUGUAGCAGCAUCCCCCCACAAACAGAAGCUUCAACUCCCAGUUAUGUCAGUCACUCCCCCAAGAGUUCAUCCUCCGUCCCGGCGUCCCCGGACUCCACGAUGAGCUCACCAGGCUUUCAUUGGACCAAAGGGUCUUCGAUUGGUACUGGAUCGCAUGGCUGCGUUUACAAGGCUCUCAAUACACUCACGGGCAAAAUCUUUGCCGUGAAGCAGAGCAUUGUGGAUGAUCGAAAAGAAGAGGAUCGGAAAUACCGAGAGAGAUUGGAAGUAGAACUUACGAUUUGCAAGGAUUUGCGCCAUCCCAACAUUGUGGAGACACUGGGCUUUGAGAACGCCAGCAAUCACUUGUACAUUUACUUGGAAUAUGUGCCGGGCGGUUCGAUGAGUUCUUUGCUUCACGAAUUCGGGCCGCUGACUGGAGAUCUACUCACGAGGUCGACCACUGGUGUGCUUCAGGGGUUGAAUUACCUACACACCCGCAAUCCACCAGUGGUGCACCGUGACAUCAAGGGUGCCAACAUUUUGGUUGAUGUGAACUUUACUGUGAAGCUAAGUGACUUCGGUUGCUCCAAGCGCAGUAAUGAGACCACAUCCUUCACCACCAUUGGGUCAAUCCCAUGGAUGGCGCCGGAAGUGAUCCAACAGCAAGAUGGUUAUGGACGCAAGGCCGAUAUUUGGAGCCUGGGCUGUGUACUGAUUGAAAUGGCCACGGCGGAAAAGCCUUGGGGCAACGGAGCCUUUGAAAAUGUGAUGUUCGCCCUGAGGCACAUUGCCAUGUCCUCUGAGCUGCCUCCCAUUCCAGCCUCCUUAAACGAAGCCGGCCGCCACUUUGCGAGCUCCUGUUUACAGAGAGAUGCGGAUGCACGCCCAAUGGCCGUAGACCUACUAAGCCUCUUGGAGCCGAUUCAGAAACAGCUGGUCACCGAAAAUAUCGAUUUUUUGGACCAGUACGCGUCGUACAGUACUUUUGAAGGCGGCGCUUGCGGCCGUUCACCGGAGGAACCUGGCAUUCCUCCGCGGUUCCGGCAGCACAUCGAGCACUUGGAUCUGUUUAGGAUCCAUCUCGCUGACGUCGCGAGACGUGUCGACUUGCCCCGUUCCGUUGCACGGCACUCCGCGCGUAUCUCCGCGCGUCCAUUGUGCGCACCGUGCAGUUCGGGUCGGUCGACGUCUGGUGGACGAUUAAAACCGCGCGGUUUGGGCAUGGCACUGGGAAUGAGUCGAAAUGGCGCAUUUAAUGCCCGAUCAGAGAUGGAAGUUGGCGGGGAAGGCGGCGUGCGGAGUUUGAAGAACUCGACACAGCAUUCCUUGGCAGGUGAUAUCAGGUCUCCCGCCGGUGCCCGACCCUAA